AGCCCCUCCCCGCUCCCGACUGGGCUGGGGCGCUGCGGCCGGUGCUGGUGACAGCACUGGGAAAAGAUCUGCAGCAAGAACUGCUCCAAGAACUCACCCAGGCUUUGGCUAUGGCUGUUCCUAUUGCGAUUCUUGAUUGUGACCUCUUGCUCUAUGGCCGAGGACACCGGACGCUAGAUCGCUUCAAGCUGGAGGAUGUCACCGAUGAGUACCUGGUGUCCAUGUAUGGCUUCCCCCGACAAUUCAUUUACUAUCUAGUGGAUCUGCUGGGAGCCAGCCUCUCUCGCCCUACACAGCGGUCCAGAGCCAUCAGUCCAGAGACACAGAUUCUUGCAGCAUUAGGUUUCUACACUUCUGGCUCCUUCCAGACUCGCAUGGGGGAUGCCAUUGGCAUCAGCCAGGCCUCUAUGAGCCGCUGUGUUGCCAAUGUCACUGAAGCACUGGUGGAGAGAGCCUCACAAUUCAUUCAUUUUCCAGAGGAUGAAGCCUCUGUGCAGAGUCUGAAGGAUGACUUCUAUGGGCUGGCAGGGAUGCCUGGAGUGCUAGGGGUGAUUGACUGCACCCACGUGACAAUCAAAGCACCCAAUGCUGAGGACCUAUCCUAUGUGAAUCGAAAGGGUCUGCAUUCUUUAAACUGCCUAAUGGUGUGUGAUGCUAGAGGAGCACUGCUGAGUGCAGAGACGCACUGGCCAGGCAGCCUGCUGGACUGCACUGUGCUGCAGCAGGCAGCUCUUAAUAGCCAAUUUGAAACUGGAUUGCACAAAGAUGGCUGGCUACUUGGUGACAGCUCCUUUUUUCUCCGCACAUGGCUGAUGACCCCUCUGCAUAUCCCUGAGACCACCGCAGAAUACCGUUAUAACAUGGCACAUUCUGCCACUCACAGUGUCAUUGAGCAGACAUUCAGGACCAUUCGAUCCCGGUUCCGUUGCCUGGAUGGAUCCAAAGGCACCCUGCAGUAUUCUCCAGAGAAGUCCAGCCACAUCAUUCUGGCCUGCUGUGUGCUCCAUAACAUCUCUCUUGAACAUGGGCUAGAUGUGUGGUCUUCCCCAGCAACAGGACAGAUGGAGCAACCAGAGGAGGAAUACGAGCAAAUGGAAUCGCUGGACUCUGAAGCCUGUCGUAUCCGCCGCGAGCUUUUGCUUACUCAUUUUAGCUAAUAAAGCGAGGGAUGGAGACCUUUACAGAUGUAUUUGAGGAAAAUAUGGGAGCAAAUACACUCUCACAUUCAUUUAAGUUAGUAAAGAGAAAAACUAAGAUAGGCAUGGGAGCUGGGGAAGAAAGGGAAACACUUGUAACAAAUUCACUCUGUUUUAGGGGAUAUUUUACAUCUGCCAGACUCUUGAUUCCUUUGUAAAUGUUGUUUUGAGCCCUGAAUUCUCAAUACCUAAUGUGUGCAGACCCCACCUUGUCUAGAGGACAGUUAGGCAGGGACAAUAAUGUGGGAUCGUUUCCCAAUAAAAUCACUUCCAAUCGUCUGACAUUUUUGAAAAGUCUGUCAAUAUUAUAAAAAAUAACACAA